UUUGAGUCAAACGCUUGCAGAUAUGUGUAUUGCAUACAUUAUCAGUUUUAAUCAAAUUUAUUUAGAAUCGGAAACAAGAAGUUAUAUUAUUGAUUGUAUGCGACAUAAAUUAAUGUAACAUUAUUCACAAACAGAUGAAUAUUAUUAAUUAAUUAGAUAAUUAUUUAGACUUAAAUAACUAAUUAGCGAUUAAUUAUGGAUAUUUAGUUUUAAUAUGAUUAGAUUGCAAAUUAAUGAAUGAUAUUUUUUUUAGCUUUGGAAAUUUUUUUAGUUCGUUAUGUUAACUGUUUGGGUAAAACUAUAUAUAUAAUUUUAAUAGUAAUUAGAAUUAAAAAUUUGUGAUAACAUUCAAAUGAAUGAAUGAAUUUGAUAUUUGUUGGCGUUGAAUCGAACUAAUUGAUGAAUAGUCGAUGAGUUUUGAAGUUAGGCUAAUCUUAUAUUCUUAUUAGAUACAAAAAAAACAACACUGAUUUUUCGGUGUAUGGCUAUUUGAAUAGAAGGUUUGGGUUAAUUUUAAUUUAAACUAAGAUUAAACACUGGUUGUUAAAUACUUUUGGUUAACUUGACAGAACUUUACAACUAUAAAAACAGCUAAAUGAAUAGAAAUGUUUGUUGAUUGAUGCUUACUUGAAACGGAUUAUUUGAUUUAAAAAAAUAUUAAAACCAUCAAAUUGAAUGAAAACAGUACAAUUGUCAAUCUGAAAACAUCCACAUCACCGGCACUAAUCAGAAAUGACGUCAUCCUUGAAAAGCAUAUUCACGAAAUACAGUUUCAACAAAAACAACAACAACAGCAAUGGUAAGAUAUCUUCUUUGAAAUCAAACAACAACCACAGCAACGUUAAUUUUGAUCCGGAAGGCGGUGUAGUAGCUUUCACAGCUCCCGCUGAUAAGCAUGCAGUGGCGACAUCAGCUCCACAUGAACACAGCACCCCACAAUCUGCCGGCAUAAAGUGUUACAGUCAGACAUCGAACGACAGUGCAUUCAGUAGUAUGGGGUGUAAUCUGGUUGAUCCGUGCGGGGUUUACGAUGGCGACUCAAUAACCUCGUUGGAUCAGGAUGGCAGUAUCAGUGAUAGCGACGUUAACAAAACUUCGCUAAAUACCUUCGCUAAUUGUACAAAAAGUCACGAAAAUUUAUUCGAUCGAAAAGAAUUAUUUGCAGGUAACAUUCUCAUCGAAGAGAGUCCUUCCAACUUCAACGACAGCAAGUUGAACGGCUCUCACAAGGAAAGCAUUAACUCGAGCAUAAUCUCCAUCUUUGAUCCGACCAGUAAACAGUGCAAUAGCUCGCUGGAGAACAGUCAAACAAGUUCGUGGAUGAGCAAACUGACCAACGCAUCGGCCAAUCUGACCACAUCAUCCCGUCUUUCGCUAACCAGGUCGACCUCCUACGACACGAGCAACAGCAAUGAACAGACGGAGAAGGCGGCCAGCCUCGAUUACGACGACGAUAAAAGUAAGAAAGGGUUUCGAGAGAGAUUGAAGAAAAUGUCUCGAAAUAGAAUUCAGCCUGGGUCGACCAAAGAAAAAUCGAAGCAAGAGAAACACGACAAACUUGUCGUCACCAGCCCACGGCUCGAUAUUUCGCCAAAAAAUUACAACCAGUCUGUCCCGGCUAUGGAGUUGAGUCGAAGAGAAGUGUGUGCACGCCUGCCUUUCGUGAUUGCUCCUGAUACUGAUUUCGAAGUGAGCUUGCUGUUUUUUGAUUGAAUGUCAGGUAUCGAUGUUAAUCACAGAUAUUAAUAUUUUUUGAUUUGUCUUUUAAGCCGAUAUUUAACUAAAUAAUUUGUAAAGUAUAUCCUAAUUUAUCAAUGUAAUCAAACUCAAGUUGUUUUUAACGUUGUUCUGCUCGCCACCUACAAUACAAUACAUAAACGCAAAUAAACUUUUAAAAUGUUGAA